CUGCUCUGACUGCAGCUGCUGCGCGAUGCUACUGUGACACUGUGAGAGCUCGCCUACUCCUAGGUCAGCGUCCAUUGCAAUUACAUGCAAAUAGGCGAUGACGUCAUUUAGCGACUUUUAGGACAGCCAAUAGGAGAAGUUGGCAACUGCGAACCACGAUGGAGCUUUCAUUUCAAUCUAUGAAAGUCGCCCACCAAGCCCGGGAAGCGGACGAGUUGAGGACUGAGAUGAGGAGGAAGAACCUCCUCAUCCUCAUUUACCACCACCUGCUGGAGCAAGGCUACGUGUCUGCAGCAAUGGCCUUGGACCAGGAGACUAAUGGAAGUGUGAGGAGGUUCGAGGUCUGUGACAACAUCGAUCUGGAGAUAAUGUUGAUGGAGUACGAGAGUUAUCACUACGUUAAGUUUCAGAAAUAUCCUAAAGUUACCAGAAGAACAGCAGAACUAGGUAAAAACAGAAAUGUAAGAAGUGGCGGAGUAAAGAAGAGUCCCUGUUCAGCUGUGAAGCCUCUUCCCAAAAUCAACCCGUCACAGAGCCCGCAGUCUGCAAACGCAGCCAAGAGUACAGCUGCCGGUUCUCAUACAAAUGAGAAUGGCUCUUCUGUUCCUCCAGAGUCCUCAGAGUUUGGUCUCAACGUUUCCUCCAUCAGAAAUGGACCAGCUGGGGAGGCAGCCAUGAACAGAAAGAUGACUGACUGCAAAGUUUCAAUCCAUGAUGCUGUCAAAGGAGCUGGCAGUGAUUUAGACCACAUGGAGCGGCUGCUGAAGCCCCUCAGUGGCUUGUCUGGACUGAGCGGUGAGAUGAGAGAACUUGCUGCGAUCAUAAGCAGGGACAUCUAUUUGCACAGCCCCAACGUGCGGUGGGAGGACAUUUUCGGCACGGAGGACGCAAAGCGAUUAGUCAAAGAGGCCGUCGUCUAUCCCAUUAAGUACCCCCAGCUGUUUACAGGCAUCCUGUCUCCGUGGAAGGGCUUGCUGCUCUAUGGCCCCCCAGGUACGGGUAAGACGCUGCUGGCCAAGGCCGUGGCUACAGAGUGUAAGACGACCUUCUUCAACAUUUCAGCCUCCAGCAUUGUCAGCAAGUGGAGAGGAGAUUCUGAGAAACUGGUCAGGGUUCUGUUUGACCUGGCCAGGUACCACGCCCCAUCCACCAUCUUCCUGGAUGAGCUGGAGUCAGUGAUGAGCCAGAGGGGAGCCAACAUGGGAGGAGAGCAUGAGGGGAGUCGCAGGAUGAAAGCUGAGCUGCUGGUUCAGAUGGACGGACUGUCCAGAUCAGAGGACCUGGUGUUUGUACUGGCUGCCUCCAACCUGCCUUGGGAACUGGACCCUGCCAUGCUGAGGAGGUUAGAGAAGAGGAUUCUAGUUAGUCUUCCCUCCUUGACAGCUCGCCAAGCCAUGAUCUCUCAUUGGCUGCCUCCUCUCAGCUCCACAGGAGGGGUGGAGCUACGAACUGAGCUGGACUAUGAAACUCUGGCGAAGGGGAUGGAGGGUUACUCUGGCUCUGAUAUAAGACUGGUGUGUAAGGAGGCUGCCAUGAGACCAGUCCGCAAGAUCUUUGAUGCUCUGGAGUCACAUCAGGACGGAGACACUGACUUGCCUGCCAUCCAGCUGGAAACUGCAACAACAGCUGACUUCCUUGAAGUCAUCACACACACCAAGCCCUCGGCCCGAAACCUGGUGGACAGAUACACAGCCUGGGAGAGAAAAUACGAGUCUGCCUGACAAAUACAAUGAAAUAAUAAACAAACUUAUUCAUUCAAACUUAUGUUUAUUUACAUUAUGACAUAAUGACAAAUGUGUUACAACAAUAAUAACAAACAAACAGCAAUAGUCUAUAACAUUGAUAACCGGCAACUCGAGUGCUUUCUUGUGCAAGAAACUGUAGAGUUCUGCUGUUACUUCUAUCUUAUAGCAGGUUCUUCAGGAUGUGUUCAACAGCUUCUGGAAAACUGUCACAUGUCAUGUAGGGAGGAGGGUUGAUUUUAUUCUCAUCUCCUUCUCUAUAUUUACCUGACAGGAGAGAAAUUGGAAUGCAAUUAAUAAUACAAAACAAUAAUCAUAAUACAGUGUGUCCUCAGGGUCUUAAAAAGUAUUGAAAUCCCAAAUGCCAUUUUCUGAGGUGUUACAUUUUGUACCUUGUUUUCAAUAUGUAUAUUUGUCCAAAGAGGUUAUAUGAUAGAGUUUGCUUGAAUUCAGUCAUGUUGUUGGUGAUUCUGUGUAGUUCAGGGAGGCAUGCUAGAUUUGACGUCAUUUGAAAAGGAUAACCGUUAGCGUACUCACUGUUUGUUGCUUGAUAACGUUACACACAGGUCCCUUUACUCCUGGCUGUUAAACAAUCUAGCUAAUGGUGAAAUGGUUGGAGGACAAGGAAUUGUCGGAGUGCAUCCUUGAUCAUUAAAAAAAAAAAGUCAUAGUAAUGUAUGCCAUGAAAAUGUUAAUAUAAAAUAUAUAAAAUCAUAA